AUGGCCGGCGAGGAAGAACAGCUAGGGUUUCGCCGAGCAUACGAGGAGCGGCGGGAGAGGCAGCACCGACGGGAAGCCGCGUCGGCCGACACCACCGGGGCCCGGUCGCGCCGCUCCGUGGCCCGGUCGCGUCGGAGGGAGAGAGGGAGCCGCGGCUCGCGUCGGGACCCGGGAGAGAGCGACGGGGUGGGAGAGAGAGGAAGCUGGAAGAAGAAUAUGGAAGGAGAAGCGGAAGCUGAGCAUAUAUUUGUUUCUCUGGAAUCGGACGAGAAGCCGGAGAAGCUGAGGAGAAGCAGAGGAGAAGGUGGAAAAAGUGAGAAGCAGGACGAGGAGCCACUUCGGGUGAAAUCCGCUUCAACAAAUCUGGGCCGUCCAAUGAAAGAUCUAACGGCCGAGAGAAUUUGGAGCGACGUGGACCCUACUUCUCCUGUUGGAAACGGGCAGGUUUUUGUACGGGAGAACUAG